AUGAGAUUAAUUUUUAUUACAGCUUUGACGCUUGUUGCUGGCGUUUCCGGCGGCCCAAUCGCCGCCGAAAUCCCACAGGUGCAGAUCGAGGGCAGCCGCCUGUUUCCAAACUUGACCACCAUCCUACCCGAUCUCCUCCAUACUAUCCAGCACGAGACCAGUGCGAUUGACAACAUCCUGGAUCAGCACCCAGGCCCCAUCGUGGGAGAUGCCGCCGACAAGGUCGCCGGUCUGAUCGGCAUACAUCUCCAUAACAUCACAGACACCCUACACGACGCCCGGGGCCUCUUGGGUUCAUUGACAAACGAAACGAAGCUGGUCGACGAGAACGGGCUGCCCUGCAAUGUGACGUGUAUCAUCGACAAAACCAAAAAUCUCGUCAAGCAUGUCGGCGGCACGGCCCACAGGUCACUUCUCAAGGUCGGGCUGCACGCCCUGGGCAAAUCCAUCAGUCCCUUCUUCCUCGCCCUCAGCGCAAUAGUCCUGGUGAUCAACGCCGUCGUCGGUGGGGCCUUGGCCGCGCUCGCUGCUCUGGUGAAUGGCAUCGGGUUCGCCAUCGCCGCCGGGAUUGCCUACCUUGGCCACCUUGUGUCUGAGAAAGAGAAACAGACGGCCGGCGGCCCAGGUGGGAACAUAACGCAGUCCAUCGGACAUUUCAUUGGUGAGGUUCUACACCACAAGCUCGCAAAUCUUAACCUGUGA